AGUUUUACAUUCGAAUUAGGGUCGCUGCACUCUGAAUGUGAUAAUAGCGAGUGCACAGCUUCGCGACCGUCGCCACGCAUCGCACGGUGGUUCAAGGUGGUUACGAGAGCGUGGCGGCAGACUACAAAGUUCUUUUCUAUUAGCACCCGAAAUAGAGUGGUAAACAUUUACAUUCACAGCUUGCUCGGUUCUUCGUACUGUCCCAGAUGAGCUCUUGUCCAGAUAAGCAAAGAUAAUGCAGAACCGUUUCUGUCAGCUCAAAGAUUUUGUUGUUGACAAACAAAGUGCGCUUACUCUCCGACUUGAUAAAGACCCCGGCGCUUCCUCGUAGCUAUAUGCAACCCAAAGCCAACCCGCUGGCUCUUAUCACGAAGCGCCGUUCGCCGUUCGCUUUAAUUGAACCAAUAAAAUAAUACAAUGCGCUAUUUAAGACACGUUCGGCUAUGUGGACUACGAUGAAUUUUGAAAGCCGACGGGCCGUCAACUGUCAACUUGGGGGCCCUCUCUCAGGCAGACGUUCAGUUCAGCUCGGUGCAGCAUCGAGAACAGUCGCAGCAGCCUGAAUAUUGAUUAGUUAGUACGAUGCCAGUGCCGAAUACCGUAGCAGCCGCCACCGUUCCAGCAUCCAGCUCCAAUUACCUGUCCACACUGGAUCUGACCAAAAACGAGUCUGGCGACCAGAAGGACGCCACGAGUGGCGGGGCCAGCAGUGGCUCGAAAGUGUUACGGUUCAUUUGGCACUCCCUGUACAGCCAGUACAACUUCUUCUGCACAAGGUCCAAGACGCUUAAGCAGCUGGUCUGCCGUGAGGCCAAUAAGCCCUUGCCCAAAAAGUUUCGGCACACAAUGCGGCUGAACAAGUCGGCGAAGCGAAAGGGCUACGAGUUCUAUAUUAGCGACGAGGACAGGAGUAUACCCUCAGGCAUUCCGAAUUGUCCGCGCGGAUUGGAGUACCUUACGAGUAUAGACCAGCUUUUAGUUAAACAGAAGGUGGAGCUGCUUGAGGCUUUCAUUGGCUUCGAGACCAAUAACAAGUUCUCAAUCAAAAACGCACUCGGCCAGAAGGUCUACUACGCGGUGGAGGACAAUGACUGCUGCACACGCAACAUGUGUGGUCCUGCACGGCCCUUCGAUAUGAAAAUUUUCGACAAUUUCCAGCAAGAGGUCAUUCACCUGAAUCGUCCAUUGGCCUGCUCAGCUUGCUGCUUUCCCUGCUGCCUACAGACAAUGGAGGUCUCCGCACCGCCUGGUAAUGUUAUUGGAUCUAUAGAGCAGGAGUGGUCCAUUUGCUCUCCGUCGUUCCGCAUUUUAAAUCACCUUGGCGAUACGGUGCUUCGCAUUGAGGGUCCAUUCUGCACGUUCUCGCUCUGCGGCGACGUCGAGUUCAAUAUUGUCUCGCUAACUGGAGCGAAGGUGGGAAAAAUAUCAAAGCAGUGGUCAGGUCUGGCACGCGAAGUCUUUACGGACGCCGACUUCUUUGGCAUCACUUUCCCACUGGAUUUGGAUGUACGCAUGAAAGCCGUGCUGCUAGGCGCCACGUUCCUCAUUGAUGCCAUGUUCUUUGAGAAGUCUGGCAACCGCGAGGGAGAUACUCCAGGAAUGUUCUAGCUGUUUGUAAAUUUUUGUACGAUAGACGUGACCCCAAUGUAGUGUGAAAUUGACUAUCGAAGCCCUGUGAACUAUCGCAUACUAGUCCGCUAUGGCCAAAGCAAACGCAUUUUUCAGUCGCCCAAAUCAUAUUGAAUUGAUUUCAACAAGUUUCGCUACAAGCGAUUUAAAAGUUCUUAAAUUUUUUCGUUAUACUCAGGAUACAUUUUGAAUGUAAUUAUCUCUGUUCUGUCUUUAUUAGAUCACACUGUUAUUGGGUUGUGUAUUAUGAUAUUUAUAUAUAAUAAUUAUUAUUUUUAUAUAAACAAAAAAAUAUACAUAUAUAUGUAUAUGUAUAUAAUAAAUCGAAAAAAGAGAAUAAAUAUAUGGAGAGAAAAGCUGAAGAGAAUAAGUAAAUAAUUUUGUGUAUUUCACGAAGAAUCGCCGUCUUAAUAUUCAUUUAAUAAUGAAUAAUAAAUAAUAAAUAUAUUUAUAUGAAAGGAAAAUCACAAAAUCAAAUACAAAUCUAGACAGGGUGUAAAAUGUACUUUAACUAUUUAUGUGUCUUCAUAUAUUUAAUAUAAAUACAAAUUAUAUAUGUAUAUAUUAAGUGCAUAAAAUGUAUAUUUAUAUCAAUAUUGCAGAGUAUUUAAAGUGAACACCUUGAAUAUAUUAAUCUGCUCUGAUAAGGUACCUAUCUUUGAUUGUUAUAUGAAGUUAGCAAAUAUAUAUAUAUAUUGUGUUUACGUGCACAUCGAAGUCGAUACCUGCACAUUUAAUAUUUAUUUAAAUGAAUUUAAAAUCAGCUUUAAAAUAAAAGAUUCGAAUAGUACGAUUUGCUUAAAUAAACCAACUUACGUAUAUUUUA